GAGGCAUUUUCUGCUCUGUGCCAAAGUUUGAGGCAUCUUUUAUCUAAUUAAUAUUAAGUAUUUUAUUGUGCUUCACGUUAAGUGCUACUUGGACCAAAUGGAGACGAAAGACAGUUCACUCAACGAGGUUUCCUUAAACCACACAAUUGAGGAAACAAUAUCAGCUGAAAUGGAUCUGGAGACUGCAGUGAAGGAAUGCUCAGCUGCCCUCGAGCUUUUCCUCAACAACAGAUUUGCUGAUGCAUUGGCUGCUUUAAGACCCCGGAGGGGUCACAGCAUGUACCAUGCAAUGGGCUACAGCAGUAUCUUGGUAAUGCAGGCAGGCAUGACCUUUGAACCCAGCGACAUGGAUGCUGCCAUGACAUCACUGAGCGAAUCCCUGGACACAUGCCAGACAUUUCGCAGAAAAACUGGAAUAGUGGAGACUCUGACCAGCCUGUGGUCCAGACAACCAGCAGAUAAUCUGACGGAGGAAGAACUGCAUGCAGAGCUGUGCUAUGCUGAGGUUCUGCUCCAGAAGGCGAUGCUCACAUUUCUGGACGAGAGUAUCAUUGGAUUCAUCAAAGGAGGCAUGAGAAUAAGAAACAGUUAUCAGAUUUACAAGGAUUGCCUGGCUGCAGUGAACGUGUCAAAUGAAUUGGAAAAACAGAAAACGUUCGCUCACUUUAAGGGCGGUGUCAACAUGGGCAUAGGAUCGUUUAAUCUAAUGCUGUCUCUUCUUCCAUCCAAAGUCCUCAGACUGAUGGAGUUCUUAGGCUUCUCUGGAGACAGGGAGUUGGGACUGUCGCAGCUGCGAGAGGGAGCAGCAAGCAACAGCCUGCGCUCCAUCCUGAGCACCCUGACUUUGCUGAUGUUCCACCUGUACAUCACAGUAAUACUCGGUACUGGUGAGGGAGACCUCGCUGAGGCUGAAACUUUGCUUCAACCCUACACUGAACGGUUUCCUAAUGGAGCUCUCAUGCUUUUCUAUGUCGCAAGAAUUGCUUUGCUUAAGGGAAACUUCACAUUUGCACAGGAGAAGUACCUGGCAUGUAUUGCAGCGCAGGAAGAGUGGCAUCAGAUUCACCACCUCUGUUACUGGGAGCUCAUGUGGGCCUACUCCUUUGAACAAAAUUGGAAUGAGGCUUAUCGAUACGCUGACCUCCUCUGCAAGGAGAGCAAGUGGUCCCAGGCCAUUUAUAUUUUCCAAAAAGCUGCCAUCUUGAGCAUGCUCCCAGAGGAAGAAGUCACUAAACUGGGAGAAAAUAUAGAGGAAUUAUUCAGGCAGGUGGAUGGUGCCAGAUUGAGGAUUGCUGGAAAAUCAAUUCCAACUGAGAAGUUUGCUGCGAAGAAGGCCAAGCGGUACUUUUCUUCUAACCCUGUGAAUUUAGUCGUCCCUGCACUGGAAAUGAUGUAUGUGUGGAAUGGCUUUACAAUACUUGGGAAACGGCCUGAACUGACUGAAAACAUCUUGAACACCUUGGAAAAGGCAGAGGAGCAGCUCAGAAUGGGUCUCGAUCCAUCUGAGUAUCACCUGGAUGACCAGUGCAUUGUCCAGCUGCUGAAGGGCUUGUGCCUCAGACAUUUGGGCCGUCUGGACCAGGCAGAGCAGUGUUUCAACCAUAUUCUUGCCAGUGAAAGCAACAUUAAACAUGAGAACUAUCUGGUGCCAUUUACCAUGUAUGAGCUGGGUCUGCUCUACAAGCAGAAAGGUGAUAUCAAGAAUGCCAUUGCAGUGAUGGAGAAAGCCAAGAUGAACUACAAAGACUACAACAUGGAGUCCAGGCUACAUUUCCGUAUCCACGCAACUCUGAACACAAUGGGCUCGUUUUCAGCCAAACUUAGCCCCUCGCGUACACCAGCUUGAAGACCACAGUAGAUGGAACUGAAAAACAAAAUGUAAAGGUCAUGAUGCCGAGACUUGCUGGCUUCAGCUCUAUGACAACACUUGAAAUCCUCCAUAUGUGCCUACUGCUUUCAGCAAUUCUUUUUGUUUGCAAUAAAACAAAUACAAGUACAAAACUGGUAUGAAAUUACAUGUCGACGGCAAGUGCCAUAGUGAUAUUUUACGUUGUGUUAUGUCAAACCAACAGUUUUUAAUUUGACCGCUACCUGAAUAUUUUCUAAAGGUUAAAUGGCUGCUACCUUCAAUCUGCUUUAAGGGCUGAUUUACUGAAUACAUAAUGAAAUAAAUGAGUUCCAUUUGCAACCAUG